AUGACGCAUAUGCCCGGUUAUGUUCGAUCGUGGAUAACCCCAGCUCUAGCACGGAUGAGAUCUGAAAUCAAGGACGAGGUGGAGAAUGCCUUGCUUAAAGAGAUUCCUCAGUCUUCUGAAUGGACUGAGAUAAACCUUUGCCAAAAGACGCCUCGAAUAAUCGCUAUGGUUACCGGAAGAAUUAUCGUUGGCCUUGAUCUGUGCAGAUCGGCCACAUACAUCGAAAUCGCUACCGAGUUCACAAAGGAGGUCAUGGCUACAGCAAUUUCUAUAACUCUCAUCCCAUUGUUCUUACGCCCUCUAAUGGUGCCUAUCUUGCCCCAGCUCUGGCUGACACGUCGUCGAAUCGUCCAAGCGGAAGAGGUGCUUGGCCCAACCAUCACAUCACGAUGGCUUCAACCUCAAAAUCAAAACAGAACAGAACAAGUCGACAUACUUCAGUUGAUGAUCGAGGCUUCUGAGAACUGCGGUAGGGGCAAAAAGGAUUUAGUAGUUGAGCUUCUCUUUCUGAACAUUGGCGCCGUUCAUUCCACAGCGAUGACAAUCACCCACGCGUCUGUUCCUCCAACCUAA